AGCUGCACUCGUUCAUGUACUCUCAAGCUUCAUUUAGCAUUAAACUCACUCCGAGUAGAAGGCUGUACAAUCCCAUAAAUUUGUUACCUUGUGAAGAGAAAAUGUUCAGACAUUUUUAAUCUCAAUCUGCAUAAAAAUGCACAUAGUGAUAGAUGUAUGCAUUGUUUUGCUUUUGAAUAUUUCAAUCCUAUGAAUAAUUGGGAUCCAGUAACUGGAGGAAUCAUUGAAUCCCACCUUUCUCUGACUGACCACCUCAGGUCAAUCACAGAAAAAUGUCUGGAAAGAUAACAAAAGAGGAGAUGGAGGAGAUGAGGGAGAUCUUUGGGAAAAUUGAUCUGGACAACGAUGGAUAUAUCUGUGAUUAUGAACUCAAUGAGCUCCUUAAAGAGGCUGGCCAUGCCCUACCUGGAUACAUGGUUCGAGAGAUCAUCCAGAAACUAGAUCGCAACAAGGAUAAUAAGAUCAGCUUUGAAGAGUUUUUGUCGAUUGUCCAGGAGCUGAGGGGCAGUGAAAUAGCAAAAACUUUCCGCAAGGUCAUCAACAGAAAAGAAGGCAUCCUGGCUAUUGGAGGGACGUCUGAGUUGUCAAGCGAAGGCACACAACAUUCGUUCUCUGAGGAAGAGCGAUAUGCCUUUGUUAACUGGAUCAACACUGCUCUGGAAAAAGAUCCUGACUGUCAACAUGUCCUGCCCAUGGAUCCCAACACAGACUCCCUCUUCACAUCUGUCGGAGAUGGUAUAGUACUCUGCAAAAUGAUCAACCUGUCAGUGCCAGACACCAUCGAUGAAAGAACCAUAAAUAAGAAGAAACUGACGCCAUUUACAAUACAGGAGAAUCUGAACCUGGCCUUGAACUCAGCUUCUGCCAUUGGCUGCCAUGUGGUAAACAUUGGUGCCUUAGACCUUAAAGAGGGGAAGCCCCAUCUGGUGUUGGGCCUGCUUUGGCAGAUCAUCAAGAUCGGUCUGUUUGCUGACAUUGAGCUCAGCAGAAAUGAAGCGCUGGCAGCAUUGCUGAGAGAUGGGGAAACACUGGAGGACCUGAUGAAGCUGUCUCCAGAAGAACUGCUGUUGCGCUGGGCAAACUUCCACCUGGAAAAUGCUGGUUGGCAGAAGAUCAACAACUUCAGCUCUGACAUCAAGGACUCAAGGGCCUAUUUCCACCUCCUGAAUCAAAUCUCUCCAAAAGGCACCGAUGAAGACCAGCCUCGCAUAGACAUCAACAUGGCAGGCUUCAGUGAGAAAGACGACAUGAAGAGGGCAGAAGCCAUGCUGCAGCAGGCUGACAGGCUUAGCUGUCGACAGUUUGUCACCCCCGCUGACGUCGUUAGUGGAAACCCCAAACUCAACCUUGCCUUUGUGGCCAAUCUGUUCAACAAAUAUCCAGCGCUGAUCAAACCUGAGAAUGAGGACAUUGACUGGGGACUGCUGGAAGGUGAGACAAGAGAAGAGAGGACAUUCAGAAACUGGAUGAACUCUCUGGGAGUGAACCCGCAUGUCAAUCAUCUGUAUGGAGACCUACAGGAUGCCAUGGUCAUCCUUCAACUCUAUGAGAAGAUUAAAGUGGCUGUUGACUGGAACAACAAGGUCAACAAGCCACCUUACCCCAAGCUGGGAACCAACAUGAAAAAGUUGGAAAAUUGUAACUAUGCAGUAGAACUGGGCAAAACAGCCAAGUUCUCCCUCGUUGGCAUUGGUGGGCAGGACCUGAACGAUGGCAACGCUACCCUGACUCUGGCACUGGUUUGGCAGCUCAUGAGAAGAUAUACGUUGAAUGUAUUGGAAGAACUGGGAGAUGGACAGAAAGUAAAUGAUGACAUCAUUGUUAACUGGGUGAAUAAAACAUUGGCAGAGGCUGGAAAAUCAACCAAGAUUUCAAGCUUUAAGGACAAGGAGAUCAGCAGCAGUUUGGCAGUAUUGGAACUGAUAGACGCCAUCCAGCCUGGCAGCAUCAACUAUGAGCUGAUAAAAACCAGCAGCCUCUCUGAAGAUGACAAGCUGGAGAACGCCAAAUAUGCUGUCUCUAUGGCAAGGAAGAUCGGAGCCCGUGUCUAUGCUCUCCCGGAAGACCUCGUGGAGGUCAAACCCAAAAUGGUGAUGACAGUCUUUGCCUGCUUGAUGGGUCGGGGGAUGAAGCGGGUCUAAGAGACUGGCUGGGAUCAUUGUGACACUUGCUAAACUUGUACCCACAAGCCAUUAGUGUUUUGAAAGAGCGCCCCCAACUGAAGGAAUGAAGAAUGAUUUUUUUUUUUUUUUUCUUGGUUUUUUUGAAGGAGAAUAAUGCAGUCAGAAUCAUAAAUUUGCAUGUAUCUUUGCCCCUUUUGAUUAACAGAGGUGUUUACUGAAGAAUAAUGAUCUGUCCUCUUAUUUAAAAUGGGUCCAAAAUACUAAAAUUUCUGUUACAGAGGACAACUUGUUACUUUCAAUAUCCAGAACUCUUAAUUAAAGUAUAAGAAUGCUGUUUUUUAAAGCAAGUAUGCAUAUUUCCAGCUGCAAGGUUGUUUACAUAUUUUUACUCAGACUGAUAAGUAAAUUAUAUCCUUGUCUAACCAACAAACAUUCCCGAAUACCAUACUUAUGGAAAAAAUACUUGACAAGGCAAAAAAAAAAAA